AUGAUGGCCACAGAUGCUCUGCCUGUUGACCCGGGCAAGGCCCAGGUCAUAGACCGGGUGCCCAAGGUUAUUAAAGAGAUUAAUUUCGGUGUCCUUUCAAAUCAGGACAUCAUCAGCCAGGCGCACGUUGAAAUCUCAGAUAGAAAGCUUUUUGAUCUCGAUAAUAAUCGCGCGGUCGCUCGAAAUGGACCUAUGGACCCUCGCCUUGGUAUAUCUAACAAGUCAGAUACUUGCGAAACCUGCGGUGGUGAUCUACAGGAAUGUAACGGGCACUUCGGAUAUGUUCGACUCGUCCUUCCUGCUUUCCAUGUCGGAUACUUUAAGCGCACUAUCGAGAUAUUACAGGAUAUUUGCAAGGAUUGCUCCAAGAUUUUGCUUCCAGAAGACGAGAGAAGAUCAUAUUUGAAAGAACUACGGCGACCCGGGUUGGAUAAUCUAAGACGCAUGCAGAUAAAUAAGCGCAUUAACGUCAGGUGCCGGAAGACGCCGGUAUGCUAUUACUGCAAUGCAAUCAACGGAACUGUCAAGAAAGCGAGUACCGGAGCUUUGAAGAUCGUUCAUGACAAGUUCAGGGCCUUCAACGCUUCCCUCUCGGCUAAGAAAAUACCUCCUCCCAGCAAGCUUGCCUUUGACCGGUCCUUUGAGGAAGCAAAAAAGUCCAACCCGGAUAUCGAGAAGCAUUACAGACGUGUUUUCGAUGACCUAAAUCCUCUUCGGGUGCUGAAGCUGUUUCGUCGGAUUUCCAAUGAAGAUUGCGAAUUGCUUAGUUUGAAUGUGGACGGAGCUCGGCCGGAAUAUUUCCUUUGGCAGUUUAUUCCUGCUCCCCCGGUUCCUAUUCGGCCAUCCGUCGGCCAAGAGGGAGCUAGUACGGAAGACGACCUGACCGCAAAACUGGGAGACAUUGUCCAGAGCAAUCUAAAUUUGAAAAUGGCUCUGGAUAAAGGGGCACCUGUCCAGACCAUUAUCGAAUGCUGGGACUACAUGCAACUUCAGAUUGCAGUGUACAUCAACAGUGAUAUCCCUGGCUUACAGAACACGGAUUCCAAAAAGACCAUUCGAGGGUUGUGUCAAAGGUUAAAGGGCAAACAGGGGCGAUUCAGAGGAAACUUAUCGGGAAAGCGUGUUGAUUUUUCUGGACGAACUGUCAUCUCACCAGAUCCUAAUUUGCGCAUUGACGAAGUUGCCGUUCCUCAGCUGGUUGCCAUGAACAUGACCUAUCCAGAGCGAGUAACAAGAUAUAACAAAGAAAAGCUACGUCAGUGUAUACGGAAUGGUACAAAAACUUGGCCUGGGGCAAACUAUCUGAUAAAAGAAGGCAACUCAUUCAGGCUCUUUCUAAAGUAUGGCAACCUGAACAUGAUAGCAAACCAGCUCCGGGAAGGUGAUAUAGUUGAGCGGCAUUUAGAAGAUGGGGAUAUUGUUCUGUUCAAUCGUCAGCCAUCCCUUCACAAACUGAGUAUCCUUUCACAUUUUGUCAAAGUCCGACCUCAUAGGACGUUCCGGUUGAAUGAGUGUGUUUGCAACCCCUACAACGCCGAUUUCGACGGUGAUGAGAUGAACUUGCAUGUUCCGCAAACUGAAGAAGCAAGGGCUGAAGCUAUGGAACUUAUGGGAGUUAAAAGCAACCUGGCCACACCCAAGAACGGAGAGCCAAUUAUUGCUGCUAUCCAGGAUUUCAUUACUGCUGCCUAUCUGCUCAGUAGUAAGGAUAAUUUCUUUGAUAGAAAAACAUUUACUCAAAUAUGUCUAUCCAUGCUUGACUCCAGCACCCGAUUCGAGCUCCCACCCCCAGCAACUAUUAAGCCGCAAAUGCUCUGGACCGGCAAGCAGGUGUUCAGCGUUCUCAUGAGACCAAACAAAGACUGCCCCGUCAAAGUCAACCUUGAUGCGGCAUGUCGUCAACUCAAGCUCGUCAAGGGUCAGCCGAGAGAUCUAUGUGAGAAUGACGGAUGGCUCUGUAUCCGCAAUUCAGAAAUGUUGUGUGGUGUUGCAGACAAAUCAACAAUCGGAGCUGGAAAGAAGGAUAAUAUCUUCUUCGUCAUCCAAAGAGAUUUUGGGUACGCAGCUGCAGCAGAAGCCAUGAACAGGCUGUCGAAACUCUCUGCCAGGUGGUUGACAAAUAAGGGCUUCUCAAUUGGUAUCACUGACGUAUAUCCAGGAGAAAGCCUAGUCAAGCUAAAAGAUACCUUGAUAAACACUGCUUUCCAGCAAUGUGAUGAUCUAAUCACAGCUGCUAGUAAAGAGAAACCCCAGAUGGGUAAAUCGGAUAGCCGCCAAACGGCAGAGAACGAAAUCACCGGUAUCCUUAACAAAGUUCGUCAGCAAGCUGGUGAAUACUGUAUUUCAGAACUAAGCAAGCACAACGCGCCCCUUAUUAUGGCAACAUGCGGCUCCAAGGGAUCCAAUAUCAACGUGUCUCAGAUGGUAGCUGUCGUCGGACAACAAUCCAUUGAGAACGCUCGUGUCUCCAAAGGUUUCCAGGACCGUACCCUACCACAUUUUGCCCGCCAUUCCCAGCAUGCUCUUGCAAAGGGUUUUGUACGAAAUAGUUUCUUCUCUGGACUUACUCCUACCGAAUUUCUUUUCCACGCUAUGUCUGGUCGUGAGGGUUUGAUUGAUACCGCCGUUAAGACUGCAGAAACAGGCUAUAUGUCUCGAAGACUUAUGAAAUCUCUCGAGGAUCUAUCUACUCGAUACGACAAUACUGUCCGGGAUUCGUCUUCAUUCAUCAUCCAGUUUCAGUAUGGAGAUGAUCAGUUGGACCCUGUCAAUAUGGAAGCUUCAGCUAAACCCGUUCACUUCGACCGUACCUUUACGCAUGCAGAGAGUACUACAUACGACAAAGAUGAGAAGGGCCUAUCUGCAGAUGAAAUAUUGGCCCUAUGUGAAGAACUUAUAGCUCCUGAGCGCAAGAAAUUGGUUCGGUACGAUCUACUCGGAAACACGCUCUCUUAUAAAGCUGAAAACGACUUCGCUACCGACCAGUGGGAAAGCAACCGUGACUUCUUAAGUUCGAUUGAAGAGUAUGUGGCAGCGAAGGCUGCACAACUUAGACCUAGCGAUAAUGAAGAAGGCAAAGAGCAGAUGGCGUUUACGCAUACUAGCAAAAUUUCCGCUAGAACACUCAAGGCUUUCAUCACUUCGUGUUUGGAUAAGUAUAUGCGUGCACAUGUCGAGCCCGGCCACAGUAUAGGAGCCAUUGGUGCACAAUCGAUUGGAGAACCUGGAACACAAAUGACACUGAAAACUUUCCAUUUCGCUGGUGUUGCUGGUAUGAGUAUUACCCAAGGUGUUCCGCGUAUCAAGGAAAUUAUCAACGCAUCAAAAGAGAUCAGUACGCCGAUCAUCACUUGCGAGCUUGUGAACAAGACGGACAUGCGUAUUGCUGAGAUCGUCAAAGGCCGAGUUGAGAAACUUUUCCUCAAGGAUAUUGUCUACUAUAUUGAAGAAAACCGCUCUCAGACAUCCUCUUUUAUCAACAUCAAGGUUGACUUCUCAACGAUCAAAAAGUUGCAGCUUGAGUUGACGCUACGGCAAAUUUUACUUGCCAUUAAGAAGCACAAAGCGUUCAAAGCCGCUGACCUGACUUUCCGGUCCUUCAACUCGCAUAUCCACAUCUACGUGGAUGAAGGUGCCUCAAUGGCAGGUGUUUCGGUCUCUGAGCAAAAGAUCACAGGCUCAGACCCAUACAUUCGAAUCAACUAUUUGAGGCGAAUUCUGCCGAACAUCCAAGUGUUCGGCUAUCCGGACUGCACCCGAGCAGUGAUUCGUGUCGGAGAAAAAGUUGCCACUAACAUUCUUUUGGUUGAAGGAUAUGGCCUCCGGGCAUGCAUGACGACUGAUGGCAUUGAGGGCCACCGUACCCGCACCAACCACGUCAUGGAGAUGCGGGACGUUCUUGGUAUCGAGGCAGCGCGAACGACGAUUAUCGACGAAAUCAGCUCUGUCAUGUCGGGCAUGGCGAUUGAUCCUCGGCAUAUGCAACUCCUUGCAGAUGUUAUGACAUAUAAAGGCGAGGUGCUUGGAAUUACCCGUUUCGGGCUGGCUAAGAUUCGCGAUUCAGUUCUUCAGUUGGCGAGUUUUGAGAAGACUGCGGACCAUCUCUUUGAUGCGGGUGGUGCGGGCAGACGUGACACUGUCCAAGGAGUGUCAGAGUGUAUCAUCAUGGGCAAGACUAUCUCAUUGGGCACAGGUAGUAUGGAGGUUGUUCGAGAUCUGAAGCUUCUUGACAGCCAUGUGGGUAAGAAGAAGACAGUGUUUGAUGACGCGUGGAGGGACAUAUGUGAACCGAAGCAGAGAAGACGGACUCUUCCCCGUAUGGCUAUGGCUUGCUAG